AUGGAUUAUUUGCUCAAAGUGGUAGCACUUGUUGUCACGGCCUCUGCCUUAGCCAUCCACCUCCUGACGAGAGCCAAGAAAUCAUGUCCGGCCAACCUCCCCCCUGGCUCACUGGGACUGCCUGUAAUUGGGCAGACGGUUGGACUCAUUCGCGCCAUGCGCGCCAACACCGUCGACCGGUGGCUACGGGACCAGAUCAACAGGUAUGGGCCAGUUUCGAAGCUAUCGCUGUUCUGCACUCCGACAGUCCUCCUGGCCGGCCCGGCGGCCAACAAGUUCGUCUUGUUCAGCAGCGCGCUGCAUCUGAGGCACCCCCCGUCCUCCCAGCGUAUUAUCGGGGAGAAGAGCCUCCUAGACCUGCACGGCGACGAUCACCGGCGCAUCCGCGGGGCGAUUCUGGAGUUCCUCAAGCCGGACAUGCUCAAGCUGUACAUUGGCAGGAUCGACGCCGAGGUAAGGCACCACCUACAGGAGAAUUGGUACGGCCGCACCACCGUGACAGUGAUGCCCCUUAUGAAGCGUCUGACGUUCGACGUGAUCUCCGCUCUUCUCGUCGGCCUCGAGAGGGGCGAUGCGAGGGAUGCCCUCGGCGAUGAUCUAGUGCGCAUGCUGGAGGGCAUGGUAGCCAUUCCGGUGAACCUGCCGUUCACAGCUUUCAGCCGAAGCCUCAAGGCCAGCCGAAGGGCUCGGCGGCUACUCGAGAGGAUCACGCUUGACAAGAAGGAUAAGCUGGAGCAGGACAAUGCCUCGGCGAACAAGGACCUCAUCAGCCGCCUGCUCAGCCUGCUGAACGACCAUGGCGAGCAGCUGCUGACCAACGAGGAAAUCAUCGACAACGGUAUGCUCGCCCUGAUUGCUGGUCAUGACACCACGUCCAUACUCAUGACGUUCAUGGUCAGGCACCUCGCCAAUGAUCCGGCAACACUCGCAGCUAUGGUACAUGAGCAUGAGGAGAUUGCAAAGAAAAAGGCUGAUCGAGAGGCCCUGGACUGGGAAGAUCUGUCAAAGAUGAAGUUCACAUGGCGAGUCGCGCAGGAGACACUUCGCAUCGUCCCUCCAGUCUUCGGCAUCUUAAGAAGAGCACUUGAGGACAUCGAGUUUGAAGGCUAUUGCAUCCCAAAAGGAUGGCAGGUGUUUUUGUCAGCAAACGUGACCCACAUGGACCCCAGCAUUUUCGAUGAGCCAGCUAUGUUCGAUCCCUCCCGGUUCGAGAGCCUGUCAUCCACAACGCCACCGUGCUCCUACGUCGCGUUCGGCGGCGGCCACAGAAUAUGCCCGGGAAUGGAGUUUGCCAAGAUGGAAACAUUGGUGAUGAUGCACUACCUAGUUCGACAGUUUAGAUGGAAGCUCUGCAACAAGGAGAACACUUUUGUGAGGGACCCCAUGCCGUCACCACUGCAUGGUCUGCCGAUAAAACUCGAGCACUAUACCUCUCUUUGA